AUGGAUUUAGGCAAUGCAGAUGUUAUCUGCUACCACUGCGGCAAGCGCGGCCAUGUAAAGGCACGCUGCUAUGCCAAAGUUGCUGCUGGGGCUAAGGCGCCCAGCAAAAAGGCCUCUUACCAGAAGGGUGAUGGCAAGAACCGUGCACGACGCACGGGUUCAUCAUCAACCACUUCGGGUUCGGGAAAUGCGGGAGCGCAGUAG